UUGGCCAAAACAUUUCAAAUCAAAAUGGCGGAUCAGGGCAAGAGCCGAACUGAUGGUCGCGAAAUCUCAGUCUCUCUCAAUCCUGAAAGGCCUGUUCCUAUGAAAUUUUUUGCCACAUGGGAAGUAGAAAGGACAUCCCCCAAUUGUAUCCCAAGAAUCUGCAAUCUGAAGUUAACUCGGCUGGAAGUUAUCAAAUGCCUAGAGGCUAACCUCACGGAAGUCAUUAUAUCUGUUUCAAUGCAGGGCUCUCGGCGGACUUUAAGAUCAAAUGAAAUAAUCCUGCGCAAGUCAGGUCUAAUUGACACAGAACUGGAUCUAGCCUUUUCAUUACAGUACCCUCAUUUUCUUAAAAGAAAUGGCAAUAACCUUCAGAUAAUGCUGCAGAGAAGAAAACGAUACAAAAACAGAACUAUCCUGGGAUUCAAGACGCUGGCUGUUGGUGUUGUCAACAUGGGGCAGGUUCUUCAGUUCAACAUGGAUAAUCAGCUCAAAUUGUAUGCCAAAGGAAGCUCCUCUCCUGUUGCGAGGUUUACUGUCAGCUCCUUAACAAGUCAACCAGUUGAUACAGAUGUUGACAGAAAUACUUCCAGGCCAGGAGGACCAUAUGACAGAGAAGGAGAGUCUUCUGAUGAUGAAGAUGACUAUUCUAUGUCUGACCAGGAGGCUAGUGAUAGUGGUGGUGAUCCAGACAUGAUUGAAGAUGAUCCUAGAAGAGGCAGAAAGUUAAGACACGGCAAAAUAGAGCUGCAGGCCAAGCACCAGAGCAACUUCAAGAAAAAGUUCAUUGCACUGCUAAAGAAAUUCAAGGUAGCUGAUGAAGAACUAGAAAGCUCCACUGACCAGUACCUUGAUAUCGACAUGAGCCCUCCUGAAAAUGAAAUGAUAACAGAUGAUUUCUUGUUCGGAACUGAUGAUUUGGAUGACGAGAGUGACUUUGAAGCUGAUUUUUUGGACCAAGACAAUGUGUCUAUAUCAUCCACGCCAAAACCUUCACUAAGACCUUUCUUUGACAUGAGAAGCUCUUGUGAAAUUGUCCCUGCGCAAGCAAAGAUUAAUGAAGAAGAUGAGCCAACUGUACAGAGCAUGUCCCAUUCAGAUAAUGAUGAACGUCACACUUCCACGGAAACUGAAUGCAACAUUGAUACUUUGAGCCCACCAUCAGAGAUGGAUACACAUUCAGACAACACCAGUACGUCAGAUCCUACUACAGGGGAACUUGAAGCACCCUUGAAAAGGAGCACCUCAUUUAAAGAAAGAGACAAGAGUGAACUAAUAGCAGUACAUAUGAACAAAAGAAGAAAAAGUGAUAUUGAAUUGCAGCUUCCCAAGCGUUCUCUCUCAGACCAGCUGACAACAGCUUUUCCUUCAAAUGAUCAAAUUCCUGAAAAUGUUCUCCUGGUGAAUACCGCUGAGUGGCAGGGUCAGUUGUUAGCACUCAAGCUAUGGGACCAAGACGUACGAAUGAUCUGUACUCGCUGUAAUUCCGACCUUGAGGCAGUGUUCUCUACAAUAGUCAGCAAGUAUCAAAAAUUCUGCAACAACAACUCGUGUUCCCCGCCCAGCAUACGGAUCGGUAUCGCAGGAAGCGAGCCGUACAUCAGUGCAGUGUUAAGACCAUACGUUGAGCAGCUGUCAUCCAAGCCUCCUGAUUGGCAAUCCUAUAUUCGCUUCUUAGUCAUACCGUUUGGUGCGCUACCUAUCGCAAAGUAUCUCGCAGCACUGGACAGUACCUAUAAUUCCAUGUUUAUGGACACGGUGUGGAAGGAAGCUUUUGAGCAGUCACAGUCAACUGUAGAUUUUAACGUUAUCAGCGAACGUGUGACCACAUACAUGACGGCCAAAACCGUCAUCCAUAACCUUCCCAUCGCUGAAGCUUUGAUAAAUACUAAACACAAAGGUACCGAAGAGGGAUCGUCACAAGUGUUUGUACCCUUCGUUUGCGACGUUCGCAUCGGAUCAACGGACCCGUACUUAGAUGAUGAGGUCAUAACGACCAGCGGUCAACCGUCGAGUACUGGUACCCAGCCAAUACAGAGCACAACAAGAGGAGAUCAACAAGCUCCGACCCCUGCUGUCUCACAGUCCCCUCCCGCAGCAUCCUCUAGCCCGCCUAAUAAAGAAUCUGGUAUGGUAACAUUCCCAUCUCAGCCUGGUAAUGAGUUGAUGGACUUACAAGUCGAUUACUGGCUCGUUGCGGGGAAUAAAAAAGAGGCAACAAAGUGUUCAUUAAAAACCACCUUCAAGUCUUUAGUCGUGACCAGACUGCCUACCAGCGAAGAACCGUCAGCUUUGUCACUGAUGGCGGUUACCAAAGAACGCAAGCAAAGAGGUUUUGAAUCAAUGAUGCGGUCGAUUAAGAAAACGAAAGAAAAAGACCCAGAUUCUAAAAACCAACCAAUCGUCGCCAACUUAUCCAAGCUUAUUUGUACAACGAAAGGCCAAAGCAGUACUCUUAAUGUGAUCAUCGAUGGUGUACAAUGGAGCGAGGUCAAGUUUUUUUCGCUCUCUUCUCAAUGGCCCACACACGUCAAGCAGUUCCCCAUCGGUUUAUUUUCACGAGUUGAAACAAAUUAUUGAAAUCGUUAAAUCACCGAGUUCCAGUGUUCUCGGAAUCGUUACUUGUACGAAUAGGUUGCGUGACUGAUGAAUGGUAAGCGUGACGCUCACUUCAUGAUUCAAUUAGAGAUAUCAUAAAGCUUCGAGUCAGUCUACAAUAUAAUAUUACUUACCUUCUAUCAUAUUUAGCCAUUAGUUGGUGCUUUGCUAUCUUUAUCUAUUUCAAAAUAAAGAAAAUGUCACGCUUGCCAGUCAUCGUCGGAUGUACCUGCGUGACCUAUUCAAGCAAGUCACACAAAUAAAUGAACAAAGUAAUAUUUUGAGCUCAACUUUUUUCUUAAAAUUUCACAGAUCAAAGAUCUGCACAGAUUUGAAAUUUCUUGCAAAGGUUUGAGAUUCUUUAGAGUCAUUUACCAAGAAAGGGAUUAAGUUAGUUUUGCUAUUUUUAUAUUUUUGAGGAAUUUUGAUAAAUUAUUUUUCAUUCUGCUUGUUCCUUGCUGGAGAGGGCGAAGAGAAAGGGCAGAACUGAAAUUUGAAUUUAAUUUGAACGAAGAUUUUAUUUAAAAGCUUCUGAAGGUUUAACCAUUCCUUGGUAUUAUUAGUACUCGUUCAUUACUUCUAGUUACUCUGGUUUUAUCAUCAGUUCAAUUUACGCUUUUCAUUGCUUUUUUAUUAUUAUUAUGCUAUUUUCACUUUACUAUUUACAAGCCGGACUACACAAUUCAAUGUCCAUUCCUCAUUUUUCUUCUGGGGCACUAUUAUUACUCAAGCAAUUCUGAGAGAAAAGCAAUACAGUACAGUACAGAAUUUCUAACUGUAGCUUUUGGCUGCAGUCCUGCAUUAGACCAUACAAGAGGAUUUUUUUAGUCCAAUACCAAAUAACCAAAAUUGACCUUUACAAGCAUACUCUCUUUGUACUGUGUUUAUUUCCAUAGCAGUACCAUAAAAUCAGACGACUUCGCRAGAAGAGACUACAGAUAAGUCAUAACCUUUGAAAUAACAUCACAUUGUCAUUGCUUUCUUUACUUCUCUAGAAUGUUGGCUUUCUUUCUUUUAACUGUAAGUAUGACAGUGAUCUCAUUAGUAAAAUCCAGGACUAGAGUUAUUUUUGAGAGGGGUAGGGUUGGGUGUGGUUAGUUCUCAAAUCAAACUUGCAUAUGAAAGAAACAUAUAACUAUUGAAAGAUGACUAAAGAAAUAUGAAAUCAUUUAUUGUCCUUUUAGGUGUAAAAGGAUUACAGCCGGGAGAACCUACACAGUAAGCAGUUAAAUUAAUGUAUUUAUAAAAAAACAAUGAAUCACAUUUAAUACAAUAUAUAGAACAACAAUAGACCCCUUCAGCAGCACUUGGAAUUGCAGCUCAAUUUGGAGGACAUAGCAAUAGGUAUCCAAUUCUCAAGAGAUUGGAAUUCUUUUGUUUCUUCCUCCAAAUUGAGCUGCAAUGUUGUCACAUGCAUGCAAGGGGUCUGUAGAACACAAAAGAUUUUCUAAAUACUUUACAUUAACUGAGUGCUAUGUAGGUUCUCUCGAAUACAGCCUUUUUCCCUUUCUUAACUUGUAGAAAUACCAUAUACAUUACUGUGUAAAUAUAUCAAUUCUGGGUAAUGCUUGCUUUACAUCAAUAGAGACUAUAAUUGGGUUUGUGAAACCACUGUUAAUUUAAAGGAAUUUUGUUAAGUAGUUAGAUACAGAAUUUGAGAGAUAUUAAUAGAGAAUUUUAAGAGUAUUAAAAGUUGAUAUAUAUUAGAAGGAAAAAUUCUUAUUUUACUUGCGUAUACCAUAUGCAGAAAUAAAAUGUGUACAAAUCAGGA